AUGUCAGUAUGGCCGCUACGCCACACUUGGUCAGCGAUGUGUAUCAGAUUACUCUUGCGCCUCCAUCUUCAUGGAGUGUGUGGCAGGCAUCUGCCACAAGAAGCCAGACGAACAGUGCCAGAGGGACAAUAUCAAUGGUGCGCAGGCUCGGGCACUCCAACUGCCCAGUGCGCUCCAAGACGCGGCAUCAACGAAUCAUGUGAGGAUCACUUGUAUCAAGACCAAUGCCAGAUUGGACUGGUAUGCACUUACGUCGACAGCACCAUGACCAACAGAACAUGUGUCCCACUGUCUUCCAAGCCUGAGGGUUCCGCCUGUGUAGAGCCUGAGCUCGAUCUAACGCUCAACGGAAGAAUCCCGCACAUUGAAUGCGAUAUGUCCAAGGGGCUCAAAUGCAUCAAAGGCACCUGCCAGAAGUCAUUGCCACUGCCCAGUGGCCCAGCCGACUGCAGCACCGCCUUAUCGUGCGAUUAUCAACGAUGCCAGUGCCCAACUGUCAACUCCACGAUAGGCUACUGUGAUUACAUUUACAACUACGACUUGGCCUGUGCCAACAGUAUCCAGGACCUGGUCAAGUGUGCCCUCAAGUACAAGUGUCAGACUACGGCACAAUACUACUCGCCCAUGUCUUGUCUCUAUCGACACUGUUCAGACGUCAUCUGCAACAACAAGUGCUCGACAUCACGUAUCAAGAUCAGCACAUGUGGACCAUCAGAGGAGGUCCUCUAUCCAACUUGUAACCUACUCAUAGCACCCACUGACGACGAUCUUCCUUCUGUCGGUGCCAUCCAAAUUCCAUCAUCACUGAUUGUCUUGUUCAUGUCGACCAUCAUCAGC